AGUUGAACAACAAACAUCUCAUCUCUAAGCGAGCAACAUGUCGGGAAAGGAGAAAAUCCUUCUUGCGUAUUCCGGAGGUCUGGACACCAGUUGCAUUUUGAAAUGGCUUCUGGAAAAGGGUUACGAAGUGAUUUGUUUCAUGGCGGACGUUGGACAGGAGGAAGAUUUUGCUGCGGCACGCGAGAAAGCCCUUCGCGUCGGUGCCACUGAUGUCAUAAUCAAGGACAUGAAGCAAACGUUUGUGGAGAAGUUCGUGUGGCCGGCGAUUCAGAUGGGACUCGUCUACGAGGAUCGCUAUCUUUUGGGGACGUCUUUGGCACGGCCGUGUAUUUCGAUUGGGCUAAUGGAGUCUGCUAUCGAACGCUCGUGUGGUAUUAUCUCCCAUGGAGCAACUGGUAAAGGAAACGAUCAAAUUCGGUUUGAACUGAGCUGCUACGCAUUGAAUCCUAAAAUUAAGGUCAUUGCUCCAUGGCGUUUACCAGAGUUUUGCGAACGUUUUCAAGGUAGAACAGAUUUGCUAGAGUAUGCGAAAAAGCACGGUAUUCCAGUAAGUGCCACACCAAAAGCUCCCUGGUCAAUGGAUGCUAACUUUAUGCACAUCAGUUAUGAGUCCGGAAUUUUGGAGAAUCCAACUAUGGCUGCUCCGGAAGAGCUCUAUCAGAUGACACAGUCUGCGGUGAAAAGUUCCAAUACGCCUUUAAAGGUGGAUAUUACUUUCAAAGGAGGAUUACCUGUAAGUGUGCUGGAAUAUUCCAGUGGAAAGACGAUAGAGGAUCCUUCGGAAAUAUUAUCGUUUUUGAACAAAGUAGGAGGAGAACAAGGUGUAGGCCGAAUUGAUCUGGUAGAGAAUCGUUUUCUUGGUUUAAAAUCAAGAGGAGUGUACGAAACACCCGGAGCAACGAUUCUGCAUGUUGCCCACAAGGACAUCGAAGUGUACUGCCUGGAUCGGGAAAUUUUUCGAGUCAAAUCAUUCUUAGCGUUGAAGAUGGCUGACUAUGUUUACAAUGGGUUCUGGUACUCGCCGGAGGCGGAGUAUGUUAGAACAUGCCUGGUAGCAGCUCAGAAAAAUGUGUCCGGCAAGGUUACGCUGGAAAUCUUCAAAGGACACGUUAUGGCCGUUUCUAGAGAAUCGAAGCAAACUAUCUAUAAUCAGGAGCUGGCGUCGAUGGACGUGCAUGGAACCCUUUCGCCAUAUGCUGCAACCGGAUUUAUUGAGGUCAAUGCAAUGCGUUUGAAAGAGCACUACAGAGUGUUUGGAAGUGCUAAUACUGAAUAAAGAAAAUGUGUCAGUGCCACGUUA